GCGGAGGCUCAGAGGCGCAGGAGCUGAAAAGAGUUGGCGGGGAUAAGUUGGAGGGCAGAAGAGAUGGAGGUCCUGCAGAGCGUCCGGCUGCUGUGUGUCUGUCUGAUGAUGAUGAUGAGUGAGCUGAAGAUGUCAGCUGCUGCACAGAACUUUUGCUCCAACUCGACGGUGCUCCGCACUCGCACGAUGUGCCACUCCUGCACCAUCAGCCAGCUGAUCCUGUGCCCAUCAGGAUUCAAACCCACGCCCAGAUCCAAUGCCCAGGACUGCAAGUACUACAUCAACACUCCCAGCAUGAAGCUGCCCCUCAGUGGCUGCUCCUUCGAGUGCUACAAGGAGGUGGAAAUAAAGAGCUGCUGUCCAGGUUACUGGGGCCCCGACUGCAUCGAGUGUCCUGACCAGGCCGCCAGACCCUGCAGCGGCAGAGGCAUCUGCUCCGCUGGACUGGGAGGGAAUGGGACCUGCAGCUGCCAGGAGGGCUUUGCAGGAACUGCCUGUGAGGACUGUGCACCUGGACGGUACAGCCCCACCUGUAGCUCAGUCUGCUCCUGUGUCCACGGCCUCUGUGCUUCUGGAAUAGUGGGCGACGGCCGAUGCACCUGUUUCUCUGGAUACACGGGUCCCAACUGUGACCAAGAGUUACCAGAGUGUGCAGCUCUCAGCUGUCAGCAGAACUCUCGCUGUAUUGAAGAAGCUCUGACGGGGCAGUUAGUGUGCCAGUGUCUACCCGGCUACCAGAGAGCAGGAGCCAAGUGUUUAUCCAUAAAUCCAUGUCUGCAGCGGGUGUGUCACGCUCAGGCCUCCUGUGUCCACACUGGACCAAACCAGCACCUGUGUACCUGCAAUGAGGGCUACAGCGGGGACGGGCGGGUCUGCAUGGCUAUUGACCCAUGUCAGACCGAUCGUGGCGGCUGCGCCGCUGAGUCUGCCCGCUGUGUGUACGAUGGACCGGGCAGGUCCCACUGUGAGUGCCUCUCUGGGUUUGACACUUUGUCGGGCGGUGGCUGCAGCCUAAAGAACUCCUGCACACCUGAUUCCUGCCACCGGAACGCCAACUGCAGCACCGUGGGACCUGGACAAGUUGAGUGCGCCUGUCUCCAGGGCUACAUUGGUAAUGGUAAAGUCUGCAUUGGGAACAUCAUGGAGCGUCUGAAUGACCUGAACACAGAACCAGGAGGCCAGUGGACGGGUCAGCUGAGCAAUGCCAUCACUCUGUUUGGAUCUUUGUCGUGGCCGCUGCAGAAUUUGGGUCCGUUCACCGUUUUCAUCCCGAUAAAUAAAGGCUUCAAGGGAACGCCGGUGAGGACUCUGAUAGCGGACAGGUCCAAAGCUACAUACCUGUGUAAGAUGCAUCUGGUCGCUGGGAUGAUGCAGUUUGACACACUGAAGAAAACUGAUGUCUUCUACACACUGACGGGAAAAUCAGCAGAGACGGACACAUCAGAGGGGGACGCUCAAACCAAAAUCCGUAUCCAUGGCGGCAGGAAGAAAGGUGUAAUCAUCCAGUCUAAUGUUGUUGCAUCUAAUGGGAUCAUCCAUAUCAUCAAUAGGCUGAUGGAAAGCGUGCCUCCCAUCGUAGAAAGCAACACUGAGGAGAACCUGAUGAAGAUCGUUUCUGACUACGGCAAGUUUCAGACUUUCACCAGUUUAUUACAGAAAACUCCUCUGGCAUCUUUGCUGGACCAGCCGGGACCAAUCACUGUGCUUGCACCCACCACUGCAGCAUUUGAUGCAAUGAUAGAAGAACACCUGAAGUAUCUCAUGAGCCCUGACGGUCACAGCAAACUGCUGGAGUUUCUCAGGAACCACAUUAUUCCGGCCACUGCGCUGGAGAUCUACAAUGCUGUGUCAACCCCAAGAUACGUGACAAUGGCCAAUCAGGUUCUGACAAUCACCGUGAUGGAAAAUGGCCAGAUCUUGGUUAAUGGUGCAGCCGUGUUGGAGGCAGCUGUGGAGGCAAAAAAUGGACGUCUUUAUGUGAUGGAUGGAGUUUUGACUCCGCCCUCCAUCGAACCUGUGUUGCCCAGUAGAUGUGACGUCACAGAGACUAAAAUCAUCAUGGGUGAAUGUGUCGCGUGUUCAAAGCUAAUAAUGACCCAAUGCUCUUCUGGAGUUUUUACAGGCUCUUCCACAUUUGGAUGUUCUUAUAUUUUCACCAAGGGCAACCCAUCUGUUAAAGUCCCAGUGAAAGGCUGCUCUGCACACUGCAACUCAACAGUCACGAUUCCAGCGUGCUGUAAAGGUUUCUACGGUCCAGACUGCAGACCAUGUCCAGGUGGAUACCAGACGCCCUGCUCCGGACACGGGCAGUGUUCGGAGGGGGUUUCAAGAAAUGGAACAUGCAGCUGUGAACCGAACUUCAGCGGCUCACGCUGUCAGUACUGCUCCUCCUCCAACAAAUAUGGACCAAACUGUGACAGAACCUGCCCCUGUAUCCACGGGCAGUGUGAUAACCGUCCGGAUUCAGAAGGUCGGUGUAAAGUGGACUCGUGUCAGCAGGGUUACACCGGUCCUUUGUGUAAUCGACAGACGGCCGCCUGCGGCGCUCAGGCUCAGUUUUGCCACGCACAUGCUGACUGUGACUUCAGCCAGGGAACAGUCAAGUGUAUUUGUAAAACUGGUUUCCAAGGUGAUGGGAUCACCUGUGUGGCGUCUGACCCGUGUGCUCCACCCCACCGAGGUGGCUGCAGCCUGAACGCUAAAUGUAUAAAGACAGGCCCUGGGACUCACGUCUGUCAGUGUCUGACUGGAUGGAGGGAGGAUGGGGAUGAGUGUCAACCAAUCAACAACUGCAACAGUCCUGACAGAGGCGGCUGCCACCCCAACGCCACCUGUGUUUAUGUGGGACCCGGACAGAGUGACUGCACCUGUAAGGCCGGUUACCAGGGCAGCGGGCAGGACUGUGAACCUGUGAACCAGUGUGUGACUGCAGACGGAGGCUGUCACUACUUUGCCAGCUGUCUCCUGCUGUCCUCUCAGUGGACGUGUGUCUGCGAUGAAGGAUAUGUUGGAAAUGGACACGUGUGUUACGGUACAGUUGAACAGGAGCUCAGCAUCCUGCCUGAGGCCUCAGACUUCUUCACAUGGAUGACUGAUUCGGAUCUGUCUCCGUCUCUGUUGGAUCAGAACCUCACCCUCCUGGUUCCAUCCUCAGCAGCCAUCAGCAAAAUGUCCUCAGAAGACAAAAACUUCUGGACGUUGAGGGGAAACCUGCCGAGUCUCAUCAGAAAUCACAUGAUCGCUGGUGACUACCCCUUAUCUAGCCUCUGGAACAUGUCGUCUGUGACAUCCCUUCUGGGAACAACACUUCGUGUUUCUACAAACGACGAGAUCACUUCUGUUGGUGGAGCUCUCAUCGGCACGUCAAACGUUGCUGCUACAAACGGACUGAUCCAUUUCAUCGAUAAGGUUUUGGUUCCCGACAGAACACUGAGUGAAGGUGUGCUGGCCACGCUCGCUCUCAGGCCGGAGUUCUCACUCUUCAGAUCGUAUCUCAUCGAUUAUAACCUGACCAAUGAUAUCGAACAGGCUGACGAAUUCACCAUCUUUGCUCCGACAGACGCCGCCGUCACUGAGUACCUGAAGAAAAUGGCAGCCACUGCCCUGGAUGUGAAGACCACUCGUUACCACGUGGUGGCAUCGCAGCGUCUGUUAAAAACAGACCUUCAGCUUGGAGGUUACAAAGAGACUAUGCUUGGGUUUUCCUUCCAGCUCGGCAUUUUCCCACGAGACGGAAAGCUGUUUGUGAAUGAUGCUCAGAUGAACUCCUCUGACAUCCUGAGCGGUAAAGGAGUGAUCCACGGUCUGUCAGCUGUUCUUCAGAUCAACAGAAAUCGCUGCGAUGAUCUCACGUACACAAAAGUCAUGGGGAACUGUGUCGACUGCUUAUUCCACCAAAACAAGAUCUGCCCCAAUGACACCAUCCCAGAUAAAUCGGUGAGGAGGACGAGAAAGUGCAUGUUCACCCGCACGUUUGAGGGCGAGUGGCUCCCGAGAGUCGGCUGCAGAGCCACCUGCCUCCAGAAGAAGAUCGAGCGGAGGUGCUGUGCAGGGUUUUUCGGGGAGCACUGCGAGGCAUGCCCCGGUCCAAAGGGUCGGCCCUGCUUCGAUAAUGGAGUGUGUGUGGACGGAACAAACGGGACCGGAGUGUGUCGGUGUAACGAAGGCUUCAACGGGACCGCCUGUGAAACCUGCCAGAGCGGCAAAUACGGAGUCCACUGUGACCAAGAGUGCGAAUGCAAGAACGGACAGUGUAACGAGGGACUGAAGGGCGAUGGGACCUGCGAAUGUGACGUGGACUGGAGGGGAGUCCACUGUGACCAAAAGAUCGAAGCCAAAGCUGACGAGCAGUGCGGCUCGGUGAGAUGCCACGGCAGUGCAAACUGUGUGACCGGCUCGUCCGGCCCUCAGUGUAUCUGUGCUGCCGGCUUCAAAGGAAACGGGACUUUCUGUCAAGCCAUAGAUCCGUGCGUGGUGGAUAACGGCGGCUGCAGUCUGUACGCUCUCUGUAAGAGGACUCGACCCGGCCGAAGAGACUGUGUCUGUAAUGCCGGCUACGUGGGCGACGGACUUGUGUGUGUCGAGAUAAAUCCCUGCCUGAAAGGAAACGGGGGUUGCCAUGCCAAUGCAGACUGCAUUCACAUUGGACCGAACAAAACUUCCUGUGUCUGCAGGGAAUUUUACACCGGUGACGGGAAGAACUGCAACAUCAUCGACUUGUGCCAAAAGAACAAUGGCGGCUGUCAUCGGAAUGCCCGGUGCAACAUGACAGGUCCAGGCACUCAAAGCUGCACCUGCAGGCAAAAUUUCAUCGGCGACGGUGUGACCUGCAAAGGCACUGUGGCGAGGGAAAUAGAGACACGUCGACACACGGACUUUUACUUUGGUCUGAUGAUGAUGGAGAUUUCCCUGCAAGGGCGAGGGCCAUUCACUGUCUUCAUUCCAGACCCCGAGGCCUUCAGGACAAACACUUCACGCGAGAUGAGACGGAAGAGAGAGCGGUACGCUAAUGUCCUGCGCAGCCACAUCGUCAUGUGUCACACUCUCCUGGCUGCUGACCUGAGCCAACCACGAAACCUGACAUCGCUGUCUGGACUCGUGCUGACCACCAGCAUCACCCAGGGCAGUGUCUUCAUCAACCAGGCAAAUGUGACAAAGAGCGAUGACCUCAGUGUGAAUGGAAUCAUCCAUGAAAUUGACAGGAUUCUGUAUCCUCCAGAUGUGG